UAACUGUAAAAAUAUGGACACCCUUUUUAUUGGUGAUACUGCAGUAAACCUUUGGCUCUGAUAAUUCUCUAGGUUUUCUGAUGUCAUUUGUGUGGGCUAAAGAACUGUAAGAAUUUAGGUUGUGCUUUUGGUUUUGAUAAGUUCCAGGAAUUUCUUCAUCAUUUGUAGGCUGAGUGAGUUUUACGACCGACACAAAUCUUGAAAAUGAAGGUUCAUCAUGCAAGUGAUGAGGAGAAGAAGGUGACAAGAAAGCAGAAGGCAGAAAGCAAGAGCCAAGAAUCUGAUGAACAGUCGCCAAAAAAGCCGAAAACAGAAGGCAACAGUGAGCAGGCUAAUGGAAAAUCAAAUAGCACUGAUAUUGCAGCAGAAUUUGAGAAGUUUUGUAAAGCUACAAGCGAACAUCUCUCCAUCAAACAAAUGCGUGAAAUCCUCGAAGCCAAUGGCCGGGAUGCUUCCGUCUCCGAUGAUGCUGUUGUUCCUAGAUGCCAAGACAUACUGUUUUAUGGUCCUCUCGGUCCUUGUCCGGUUUGUGGUGGCACGUUGGAGUUUUCUGGGGAUGGUUAUCACUGCCGGGGAGCAUAUAGCGAGUGGUCUAGUUGUGUUUACAGCACUAGGGACCCGCCAAGAAGAGAAGAGCCUCUAAAUAUACCUGAUUCUGUUGGAAAAACUCCAGUCUCUGAUCUGAUCGAGAAACAUAGAGAUCCCAAGAGUCGCCUGAAGCGGGAAAUUACAGGAGUGGAUAAACCAUUUGUAGGAAUGAUGAUAUCUCUUUCAGGCCGUCUUUCUCGAACCCAUCAAUAUUGGAAGACAAAGAUCGAGAAGAAUGGAGGAAAAGUGGCUAAUUCUGUUAUCGGGGCAACGUGCCUCGUAGUCUCUCCGACAGAGCGAGACCGUGGUGGCUCAUCUAAAGUAGCUGAAGCAGUGGAGAGGGGUAUCCCAGUUGUGAGAGAGGCUUGGUUGGCAGAUAGCAUCGAGAAAAAAGAAGCUCUAGCAUUAGAUGCGUAUGAUGUUGCCAGUGAUAUUGCAGUAGAUGGUAAAGGUAUUGCGCUAGACAAGCAAGAUUCCAGUGUAGUUGCACUCGAAACUGUUACAGCUGAGCUUAAAGUGUUUGGAAAGAGAGGUGUACAUAAAGACACUAAGCUGCAGGAUGAAGGUGGAACAAUUUUGGAGAAAGAUGGCUUACUGUACAAUUGCGCUUUGACUAUUUGCGAUCAAGGGAGGAAUAUGAAUGACUUCUGCAUUAUGCAACUUAUUAUGGCGCGAGAGAACCGUUUGCACCUUUAUUACAAAAAGGGCAAAAUAGGUGAUAGCCUCAGAGCAGAUGACAAGCUAGAGGAAUGGGAAAACUUGAAUGAUGCUAUUAAGGAAUUUGCAAAGCUCUUUGAAGAACUGACAGGAAAUGAAUUUGAACCCUGGGAAAGAGAAAAGAAGAUUCAGAAGAAACAUUUGAAGUUCUUCCCUAUUGAUAUUGAUGACGGUGUUGAAGUAAGGCAUGGAGGGCUUGGACUUAGGCAACUGGGGGUUGCUGCUGCACAUAGUAAGCUUGAUCCAAAGGUAGCAAAUUUUAUGAAAGUACUUUGCAGCCAGGAGAUAUACCGGUAUGCUUUAAUGGAGAUGGGGUAUGAUUCACCUGAAGUUCCUGUUGGAAUGCUUACUGAUUUUCAUUUAAAAAGAUGUGAGGAAACCCUCCUGCGUUUUGUGGAUAAAUUGAAAUCUUCAAAGGAGACAGGGAACCAAGAGGAGGCCCUCUGGGCUGAUUUCAGCCAAAAAUGGUUUACUCUCAUGCCAACUACGAGGCCCUCGUCAUUUAAAGACUUUGGAGAACUUGCAGACCAUGCUGCUUCUGCUUAUGAGGCUAUUCGAGAUAUCAAUACUGCCUCCCGCCUUAUAGGAGAUAUGUCAGGCUCAACGUUAGACGAUCCUCUCUUUGACCGUUAUGUGAAGCUAGGUUGUUCUGUCUCACCGGUAGAGAAAGAGACGGAUGAUUACAAAAUGAUAGUGAAGUACCUGGAGAGAACUUAUGAACCUGUGAUGGUUGGAGAAACUAGCUAUGGUGUAUCGGUUGAGAACAUCUUCGCUGUUGAAGUAAGUGCAUGCCCUUCUCUUGAUGUCAUCAAGAAGUUGCCGAACAAGGUUCUGCUAUGGUGUGGGACAAGGAGUUCAAAUCUGUUGAGGCACUUGCAGAUGGGGUUCUUGCCUGCAGCUUGUGCUCUUCCUGCACCAGGAUACAUGUUUGGAAGAGCUAUUGUAUGUUCAGAUGCUGCAGCGGAAGCUGCAAGAUACGGUUACACAGCGGUAGAUAGGCCAGAAGGUUUCUUGGUUCUGGCUGUUGCUUCACUUGGAGAAGAAAUCCAGGAAUUUUCAAGUCCACCUGAGGAUACGAAAUCCUUGGAGGAGAAGAAAACUGGAGCUAAAGGGCUCGGCAAAAAGAAAACGGAUGAGUCGGAACAUUUUGUGUGGAAGGAUGACAUUAGAGUACCUUGUGGCAAGUUGAUUCCAUCAGAGCACAAGGACAGCCCCCUCGAGUAUAAUGAGUAUGCUGUAUAUGAUCCACAGCAGGUAAGCAUUAGGUUCUUGGUGGCUGUGAAAUUCGAGGAACAGGACGUUGAGUAUGAUACAGUUGAGCCCGAGGUAUAAACGAAAAAAGUGGAAGACCAGGGAAGGGCUGUACAUGAACAUUUUGCCUAUUCUCUUAUCAGACUUUUUAUGGGAUUUUGUAGUAUUAAGUACUUUUUGGGCAUAGGAUGGAAGUGGCUUUGUUAAAUGGUUGGGCGCAAAGUUUUGUUCCUGUAGUGGUGGUCUUGAAUCUUGAACUGUUAGAUGGUUAAAAGUUUGUCUCUGUAGUUGUGGUUCUUGAUCCCUUUUUUGUGUGUAUGUAUGCAAACAGCUGCUGCCAGAACCUUUUUUGUAUUUGUUUAUGGAUCAAGUACUUUGUUUUCUC